AUGGUUUGUUCCCAGCCUUAAGUGGCUUGUAGCAUCCUCAAGGUACCGGUCCAUUGAAUUAAGCUUCAUCCUGGAAGAGGUGGGGGAGACACCGGUGUGGAGUCAUCAGAGAUCAGGGAGGGGAGAGAACGGCUGCUAAGGGGCUGUGGGGAGAAACACCCCACUCCUUCCUCUACCAACCAGGCCAGUGGGAGGAAGAGUCUCCCACCAGCCAGAUCAUCACCACCCGAGGCUGAAACCUGAAUUUUCCUCCAUCUCUUCAUUGCCAGCAGGCAUCAUCAAAAGAGCAUCGCCAUGAAAGGUGAGACACCAGUCAACAGCACCAUGAGCAUUGGGCAGGCCCGGAAGAUGGUAGAGCAAAUCGGUGAAAGAUCGGAGAGCCGAGUAUUGUGCAGAAUAAAGGUUUCCAAGGCGGCAGCUGACCUGAUGACUUACUGCGAUGCUCAUGCCUGCGAGGACCCCCUCAUCACCCCCGUGCCCACCUCCGAAAACCCUUUCCGGGAGAAGAAAUUCUUCUGUGCUCUGCUCUGAGCGACGCCUGCCCCACAUCAUCAGCCUCUUGGGCCCAGUGGGCAUCCAGCCUGCUCCCCUUCCCCCCCUCUCUGAACAUCCUCAGCACCAAAUCAGGGUGGAAUUAGGGCUACGAAGACACGAGGUAUCUUGGGAAACAAGACUGCCACUCGGCGGGCCGCUGGAGUGGGGUGGGGAGCUGGUACCCGUUUCCUCUUGCAGGCUCCCCAUCAAUCGAAAAUAUUUUGUCACACGCUUUGAUCGAGCACAACAAACCAGUUCUCUGCGAGUGAGGUAGUACCCUGCCCUCCUACGAAGGAAAAAGCCCCCACUCAAUUGAGUAUAACAGCAGCCAUGCUUCCAGGGGGGCCCCCGUCACCAACCAAAAACACAGCGACUCACCUGUAAUGUGAACCUGUCCCCCAGCCUUGAAUCUCUCCUUCAGUGUAGCCAAUUAGAGGUGCUGAAGCCGUCUCCUCCCUGUGCCCCCCCCCUGUGCCCCCUCCCCACACGAUAAUGCCCACAGAAGGGUUCAGGGUGUCCCAACUCCAAGACCCAGGUGGUUUGGGCUGGCCGUGCCCACCCACAGUGUACCAGAGAGCACAGAAAAUAAUUAAAUUGAAUCUGGAAAUCACAAAA